CAGCGCGGCGGCUCCGCUGGAAGAGCUGGCACGGGAGGAAAAGGAGGAAAAGCCCAGCAGAAGCCCCAAAGCCGCCAGCGCAGAGCCGCGGUCAUGGGCAGCCACCCCGCCGUGCUGCUGGCGCUCGCCCUCUGCGCCCUGCUGGAAGCCGGUCUGGGCCAUCCCCCGGCGGAGUCGCACCUGGCCGCGCGGCCGAGGAGCAAGCGAUGUUCCUGCAACAGCUGGCUGGAUAAGGAAUGCAUCUACUUCUGUCACCUGGACAUCAUCUGGGUCAACACACCUGGGCACACCGCUCCCUACGGCUUGGGCAGCCCGCCAAGGCGGCGCAAGAGGUCCGCGGGCAGGUGCGAGUGCUCGCACUCCAGGGACAGCAUCUGUGCCACCUUCUGCCAGGGCAGGCCUGGGUACCUCCAGAGCCUGAAGCUGCCCAUGAGCUCCGGAGCAUCAGCGAGGUCUCUGCAGAGUGGUGCCACGAGGCCUCCCCAUCGUGGGUUGCUGAGAGCUCUCAGGGACCUCAGGGUCUCCAGCCCGCGCUCCAGCAAACACCAGCAGCACUCACGGAAGGACACACAGCCACCAGCUCUGCCUUGGGAGAAAAACAUCUGGAAGAAGAAGAGAUAAGAGACAGGUGCACACCAAGCUCACCAGAAGAAUUUGGAGUCCUGUGGGUGCCACCAGCUCUGCUGUCGGUUGUUAGAGCUGAAGGGAAGGCCGUGAGUGGAAGGGAAGGAGGUGGAAGUCUCUGUGUUCCUGCUGCAUCAACCAGCGCUCAAGGGACCGCUGCAAAGGGAAAAACUGUCCCUCCAUCCAGUCAGAGAAGUGUCCUGGAGCUGAAUUGUGCCUUUUUGGAUCAGGCGAGGGUCGUGCUGGAGCAGCACCAGCUGGACUGUGCCCUGGAGCCCUCGGCAGGGGCUCAGCCAGGGGUUCUGGGCAGGGCUGGACCAGGCAGCACCGAGCCCGACACUGCCCUGGGCUGCUCUGCCUGGAGCUGUGCAAGCCUGGCCCAUCCAGAGGGGUUUGGCCACUCUCUGCAGUCAGGGAGGAGCUGCCUCAGCCCCAGCCCACCUUUGCACUAUUUUCUCCUGUCAGUCAGUGCCCGUGGACAAGGCUCGCAGUUUGUAUUAGAGUUUAUUCCAUCAGCACCUGGAGCCAGCUGAGCAGUCAGGGGCACUCCCUGGCUGGGAAAUCUCUGGGGUGGAUUUCCACGAGGCCCUGGCUGUGGCUGAGGUGCAGGAUCAGUUACCCCAGGGAUGGCCUCAAACCCUGGGGUGUGGCUGCUGUGGGGCUGGGCUUGUGCAGGAGCCCCCAGGCCCACAGCCAGGGCAGGGUGAGCAGAGCCCUGGUGUGGGUCAGUGACCCCAUCUCAGCUCCUUGGACAUACCCUCAGUGAGCACUGAGCUCCUGAGUAUCCCAACCUUCUCUCAGCUGGAUGAGGGCACACACAGCCUGGCUUGCUGCUUGGCUUAGGUCAGCUCUGAGUGGGGCUCUGGACGGUAAAUGAGCACUCAGGGCUGGCAGGUCACCGGGCAAAGGGAAUGCAGCAGGUGAGGGACAGCCAGCUGGGAAUAAUGAGGAGAGAAGGGCUGGUUGGAAUAGGGGCUGGAACUGGCUGAUCUCUAAGGUCCCUUCCAACCCAAACCCCUGUGAUGCUGUAAAGAGCACAGCCCUGCUGAGCUUAGGCUCAGGUUUAAACCCAGAUCUGCUGGCCCAGGGGAGGGAAGGAAAAAUUUGAGAAAACCACUGAGCCCAGGACCUGGAAGCCAACCUGGCAGGCCAAGGCAGCCCCAGGGCCCCGGAGCUGUGCCACAAAUGCACUUUUGUUUGCCUGGGCAGACUGAGCUCUGCAGAGAGCCAGGGCUGUCACCUGGGCAGGGCAGGUAAAAAGCUGCUCUCCACUGCUGGGUCCCUCUGCUGCCCACGCCAGGAUUGCACAGGAGCUUUGGAAGGGCUGCUAGAAGUUGGUGGUGGACCAAAAUCUGUGGCUGUUGCAAGUGUAGUCCCGAUGGACAAGAAAAAGAAUUCCUUGAUUUUGCUUUAAGCCCCAGAGAGGGGAAAAAUAAGACCAAUUGAUUGUAUUGUGAUGAAACAGCAGAUUAAUCAUUUGGUCCCCAAAGCUGCAGAAAAUCUGUUUUAAUCUUUGACCUUCUGAAGGUUGGAGUCACUCUAAAAAACCAAAAGAAGAAAAUCCUGAAAGGGUUUGUUCCAGAGGAAAUUUUGCACAUGGUUUAAUGUGAGUAAUUUAAAAUAAAAAUACUGCUGUAAA